AUGACGUCCGAGCGCCCGCUCAUCGUCGACUUUACAGCCACGUGGUGUGGCCCGUGCAAGAAGAUUGCGCCGUUCUUUGCCGAGCUCAGCGGGCGAUAUCCGCGCGGUAUCUUUGUCAAGGUCGACGUCGACGAGCUGGACGACGUCAUGAGCAACUGCGGCGUCCGCGCCAUGCCCACGUUCCAGGUUUACAAGUACCAGAAGAAGGCCGACGAGCUUGUUGGUGCCAACCCCGCCGAGCUUGAGCGCCUCGUUGCCCGCCACUGCAGCUAAUCGACUUAUUGCUGCCGACGUCGCAUCAAGGCCAUGUACUAUGUAGUAUGACUUUAAUAGCAGCGUCUCUACGAAUCGUCUGCUACACACC